AAAGUAGUCCAAAUUCAUUGUGUAUCUCUAUUAGCCUUAUGUUUACCUUUUUGGUUGGUUAGUGUCAUUGUUUGUACCACGGUGCAAGGCAUUUGCAAGAAGAAGAAACACACAACAGCUGUUAUUAAAGCGAACAGCUGACUCGGGCGCAUUGUUGUAUUUUAUGUGAACUUGUUAGCGCAAACACGUUGGACAAUUACGGUUAAAAUAUUGCGCUGAAUUUAAUAUUUGCAUUUUAUUUGAGGAGUUCUCGCUUAUUAAAUUCGAGUUGUGCAAUGGAUUGUUGAAUUUGAAGCUCUUUGUACACGCAUGCAAGGGAAUAGCGAAAUAUCAAGAAGAAGCAGCAGCUAUAGCGCACGAAUCAGCGUGUAAAAGAAAUCAGAAAACCAAAACACACACUCGUGCACGGCACACGCACGCACACACACAAACAAACCAGCAAGUGCAGAGAUACAGCAAAGCGCCGAGCGCAAUCUAUUUUAUUCACAUUUUCCACACAGAAAACCCGCAGCGCACCAGCGAAAAAAAAGUAACAAUUGCGUCGUAUAACAAGCCGAAGAAGUUGCUGAAAAUUACAAUAUUUUGUGAAAAACAAAACAAAAAAAACUAACAUUGUCUCAAGAGUUGUGCAAAACCAAAAUCAAAUCGAAUGAUCAGCAUUAUUUGCUUGUCAAAAUAGUCCAGAACAGAGAGACUGCCAACACAUACACACAUAUACAACAUUAUCAUCGUAGCUGAAGGAAGGAAGCAAGAAGAGUGUGAGGUGUGAGCGGGCCCCGCCAGCUGAGAUUUCCGUAAUAGCAGGCAGCAAGAGAGCUCCAGAAUGAGCAUGGUGCGGCGCAUUCUUUUGCUGGCUCCAAAAUACAAAAUAUGGACAAAGGGAACCAACUUAAGUCACACACAACACACAGCAAGAUGUGUGAUAGUUAGCACGGGAUGCACUCGACACUUUCACCUGGCCACACGGCACCUUGCCGCUAACAGGCGGAUGAUGAUUGAGCCAGUGAUGGCGAUACCCGCUUACAUUGACAUAACGAAUGGUGUAACAACGAUGUCCGAUGGCAGCAGUAGCAGCGACAAUAGCAGCAGCAGCAGCAGUAGUAACAGCAGCAGUGCCAGCGGCGGACAUGGAAGUGGUGCCGCUAAAGCAAGUGGUCCGGGGGCGAGUGGCGGUGGCGGCGGCGCAAACACAACCGGCGGAAACGAUAAGUUUCUGGCGUGUCCGAAGUGCGGCAGCGCUUGCACUCAGGUGGAAACAUUUGUCAGCUCGACACGUUUCGUGAAGUGCGCCAAGUGCAAUUACUUUUUCGUGGUGCUGUCGGAUGUGGAGACAAAGCAUCGUGUCAAGGAGGAGCCGAAGAAUCAGCGCAAGCCACCGCCGCCGCCACAGAAGAUAAUGGAGUAUCUGGACAAGCACGUUGUGGGUCAGGAGUUUGCCAAGAAAGUGCUGGCGGUUGCUGUCUACAAUCACUACAAGCGUAUUCAUCACAAUCUGCCGCAGUUGCAGCAGCAAAACCAGAGUGCUACCAGCGGCUCAGGUGGAAUGGAUGGCAUACCACGUUCGGAUCUGUUGCAUAUCACCGGCAUUGGUCACACACUGAACAGCACACCGGGCAGCGAAUUGCCUCCAAAGCCGGCUCAGAUGGGCUUGGGUGGUGGUGCUGGAUUGACCGGGUCCGGUCUCGGUCUCCACACCAGCAGCAAUACGUCGAUACCACGUGGAGAUCAUCGUCCUGGCUCGGAGAUACUUGAUAAACAGAACAACGACGUCAAACUGGAGAAGAGCAACAUAAUAAUGCUUGGUCCAACGGGGUCAGGCAAAACACUGAUUGCCCAGACUAUUGCCCGCUGCUUGGACGUGCCAUUUGCCAUCUGCGAUUGCACAACGCUCACCCAAGCUGGCUAUGUUGGUGAGGAUAUUGAGAGUGUUAUCUCAAAGCUGCUGCAGGACGCCAACUACAACGUGGAACGUGCUCAAACUGGAAUCGUAUUUCUGGAUGAGGUAGACAAGAUUGGCGCCGUGCCGGGAAUUCAUCAGUUGCGCGAUGUGGGCGGCGAAGGUGUGCAACAGGGCAUGCUGAAGAUGCUCGAAGGCACAGUGGUCAAUGUGCCGGAACGUAAUUCUCCACGCAAGCUUCGUGGUGAAACUGUACAGGUGGACACAACGAACAUUCUGUUUGUGGCUUCUGGGGCUUACACGGGUCUCGAUCGUCUGAUUGCCCGUCGCCUUAACGAGAAGUAUUUGGGCUUUGGCAUGCCCUCGACAAGCGGAUCUGGUCGUCGGGCCGCUCAAUCGGCAGCGAGCCCAAUGGACAAUGAUCAGGAGGAGCGUGACAAAUGCCUGACCAAGGUGCAGGCGCGAGAUCUCGUUGAGUUUGGCAUGAUACCCGAAUUCGUUGGCCGCUUUCCGGUCAUUGUGCCCUUCCACAGCUUAAACGUUAAUAUGUUGGUGCGCAUUCUCACCGAGCCACGCAACGCUCUGGUGCCGCAAUACAAGGCAUUGCUUGGACUGGACGAAGUCAAUCUGUCAUUUACCGAGGAAGCUGUUGAAUCAAUUGCCUCAUUAGCAAUGGAAAGACACACGGGAGCACGUGGUCUACGCUCCAUAAUGGAGCAACUUCUUUUGGAUCCCAUGUUCAUUGUCCCUGGUUCGGACAUAACGAGCGUGCAUAUAACCGCAGAUUAUGUGAAAGGCAACGAUAAACCAAUUUACAGCCGAUCUACUGAUACUAAUGCCAUGGAGAGAAGCGAAACCCCAGACUCGGAGCCCACCGACGAUAAUGAUAAGAACUUUGAGAAUAGUGAAAAAUCACGUUUAAAUGAUACUUUGGUCGGUACGUAGCCUGCCGUCCUACACCCGCCUCCUGCAGAAUUGAAUUUUUGAAUGGCAUUUGCGCAAUUAUUAUAAACAAUUACAAUUCAAUAUAUAUCACCCCAUAUUCACCUGUGAUUUAAUAACUGACGAGCAGCGUAGAUUGUAUCUGCAUCGCAACCAUUCAAGAACCGUUUGUAACAAACCAGCAAUUGUAAUAAAAAAAGAAAACAA